GGCCCGCGAGGAGGAGCCCCGGGAGCCGCCGCCGCCGCCGCCGCCGCCAGCCUCGGUCCGCCUCCUCCUCCUCCUCCUCAGAGUCCGCCUGAGCCGUCCCGGCGGGGAGCGAGGCCCGCGCGCAGCCCCACCAUGAACAAGUUGAAGUCAUCGCAAAAAGAUAAAGUUCGGCAGUUUAUGAUCUUCACGCAAUCUAGUGAAAAAACAGCAGUGAAUUGUCUAUCCCAGAAUGACUGGAAGCUAGAUGUCGCAACAGAUAAUUUUUUUCAAAAUCCUGAACUGUAUAUACGAGAAAAUGUUAAGGGAUCAUUGGAUCGAAAGAAAUUAGAGCAACUAUAUAAUAGAUAUAAAGAUCCUCAAGAUGAGAAUAAAAUUGGCAUAGAUGGCAUACAGCAGUUUUGUGACGACUUGGCUCUAGACCCUGCCAGUAUUAGUGUCUUGAUAAUUGCCUGGAAGUUCAGAGCUGCGACGCAGUGCGAAUUCUUAAGGAUGGAAUUCCUGGAUGGGAUGACAGAACUUGGAUGUGACAGCAUAGAAAAACUAAAGGCCCAGCUUCCUAAAAUGGAACAAGAAUUGAAAGAGCCAGGAAGAUUUAAGGAUUUUUACCAGUUUACUUUCAACUUUGCAAAGAAUCCAGGACAAAAAGGUUUAGAUUUAGAAAUGGCCAUUGCCUACUGGAACUUAGUACUUCACGGAAGGUUUAAAUUCCUAGACUUAUGGAACAGAUUUUUAUUGGAACAUCAUAAAAGAUCUAUACCGAAGGAUACUUGGAACCUUCUUCUAGACUUCAGUGCAAUGAUAGCAGAUGAUAUGUCAAAUUAUGAUGAGGAAGGAGCAUGGCCCGUUCUUAUCGAUGACUUUGUGGAAUUUGCACGACCUCAAAUCGCUGGAGUAAAAAGUACGACAGUGUAGUGCUAAAUGAACCUUCUAAAAUGUAGCUACUCUGUACAAAUAAACAUAAUGGGGAAAAAUUGCAGUCACUUUCUGCCAAUUGACUGAACUGGACUGAAGACCAAUCCUCAAGAGAUAAAAGCUGAGGGUUGCCGCAAACCUGUAAGGAGAUACCUUGGACCAUGUCAGACUACAGGUCGCCUGGGCUUCUGUCCCAGCCUGGGCUGCCCUGACCCUUUGGAAACUCCAGCAUUGUGGAUAUCAUCUCCCCGCCCCCUUUUUUUAAAAAAAAAACGGAGCCUCCUAAUUCUUUCCAUAGAUCUUACAUGUUUUGGAUGACUGUUUUGACAUUUCUGGUCCAUCUAAAGUACAUUCUGUUUUCACCCAGCAAACUCUUUGGUAUUACUGUUCCACAGUUCAAUAUCACAAUCUGCUUGUCUUGUUUUUAAAAACAGAAAAAAAAAAGUAUCUUCAGCUAACCUAUUUUGGGGCUAUCUGCAAAGACUGUGCCGAGACUAUCCUAAAACAGUGUGUUUGGAUCCAUUUUUUUAAUGGUCGAUUUACAGCUAUUGUCCGUGUGAGUGGCAAGGGCUCGUUGUUGUUGUUGGGUUGUGUGGUUGGAAGCAGAUGUCGAAACACCCCAGCAAAGGCCUGGAGUUUUGUCCCCCUCUGGAACAGGCUUGCCAGCCGUAUUGGUGCUGGACUCAGUGCUGUUGAAACGUGGGUCAGUUGGGGACUCCGCAGUAUCCUUAAUGUCAAAAAUAUUGGGUGCUGAACGUUGACGGAGGAAGCUUCCUUGAGUGUCCCACUUCUGCUUAAGGGUGGCUACUCUUGUUGCCUAGCGCACCAGCCUCGGCCACCUUGUUUCUGCCCAGUCCUGCAUGUGCAGCAUCAAAGGGAAGAAUGCUGGAGUUGCUGAUACUCAUCUGGCCUAGUCACCCCUGUAGCUUCCCUGGCAGCUAAAUUGGUUAGCCCUGUUUCUUGGCAGGUGUGGGCAGCUUCUUCUGGGAACCGGGUCAUUAUCUCUUAUCCCCAAAGCGAGAGAACACGUCCACAUUUGAUCAUACAACUGCUAUUUCUGUCUCUCCUUUUUUUUUUUUUUUUUAACAGACUGGUUUAAGUUAGAGAAAGAGUCUUACCAAGCCUUGCUGUUGCUGUUUCAAUAGGCUGAGGUUUGCACAGUCAGGACCAGUGGGUACUACAAUGUGGGGAUAACAGAUCGCUCACAAUUGCUGUUAGAAUUACCACGUAAAAUAUUAUUAGCCUUGAAAUGCUCAUCUUCUGGUCAUCUCCUCUCUCCCUCCUCCAGCCACUAAAUUCUACGGAAUUGUUAAAACUUGAAUGCGAUACUGAAUUCAUUAUACUUGUUAUAUCUUACAGAUUUCUUGAUUAGGGCCAAGGAAGGUUUUGGAUUGGAGUUUUUAAAUAGCAAUGAAUGUAAUGCAAAUUCCUUUGAGGCUGACUGGCAUAAGCCAAGCCAUUCAAAUGUCAAUAGAACUGCCAGGAAUGAUUCUUCAUCUGUGAUAGGUGACUUUGUUCUCAUUUUACGAAGGUGACUAUCAGGCAGAGAUCUCAGCACCCAGAACAAACAUUUUCUGUGGGCCUAGGCAACCUUCACCAGCCUGGUGCCUGCAAAUGUUUAGAAAUUCUAAAUAUUUUAAAUAUUUAGAAUAUGACAGUGGGAGUAGGUGGUUUGCAUGUCUGGAGGCCUCCAGACCAGGGAAGGGUGUUUGAUGGCAACUGCAUGAACAGGAGGCCCUCCAUCUCUAUUUGCCUUGACCACCCCGGGGUCUGAGUCUGGAGUAACUAUUUACCAACUGGAAUGCUUGCUUAAGUGACGCUCCCGCAGGGGCCUCUGUGUUUGGACAUCCAUAUUUUCCAUGCAAGUCCAAAUCAUAUCAAACAUAAUCCAGCCAAAUUGGUUCAGCAUUUUUAAUGGAAGAGACGUAACUUUUUACUUGAUUCUGCCAUUGUAUGCAGUGGAGAGUAACUGUGUGCUUUACUGUGGCUGGAUCAUAACUGAGACUAAUGCAAGUGUAAUAUUUUGAGUGGUAAAAAAUCAAGAGUGUCCUUAUGGGGGGCAGGUGACAACAUGUGUGAUGACACAGUCAUGCCAGUGCUUCAACUUGCACCAGACAAGCAUGUAAUUGGGGCAUUGGCAUAACAUCAGGACACGCAUGCAAUUUAGCCGUCACUGCAGCUUGCUGCAGAUACCACUGAGUGCUCCAUAGGCUGAUGUGACCCUUUCCCACCUACAUUAGUUCCCCUCUUCUCUCUUCCAGCAUAAGGCUUAUUUAGCUGUGAAUUUCACUGAAGGUCAGUGCCAACGAUGGUUAGUUUAAGCCAGGAUAUAAGCCUUAGGUAAGGAGCUAGUUUGCAGAUUGUAAUUACUGUAAAGUUAAGCGUUUUGAAACAGAUGUGCUGAAAUUGAAAGGGAAUUUGCACAGGUGGGAGAGGUGGAAGGAGAUCCAGCGUUUCCAAGUUUUUCAGUCAUGAUGAGAGAUUGAAAAUGCUACACCCAGUGGUCCCAGAGUGUUUGGUUUGCCACCUUUUUGGUCCAACCCACAGGCUUCUUUUUUUUUUUUUUUUACUCGAUGCUUGUGGUUUUAUUCCUUGUGUUUUUAUAGGACAGCAGCACUUGAAAUACCUCCUGGCUUUUAAUCAUUUAACACCAUGAGCAAUAUUUUGCUCUUUUCUUUAAUCAUUUGAUAGAGAAAACAAUAUUGGAAACUUUGCAUUCAAGAUAUUUAAAACUCUCUUGUAAUAUUUAAGAAUGAGAAGUGCAAGUUUGAUAUAGUUCAUGAUGUUUUCUUGCUAACAUCUCAUAUAUCCAUGACAUUAAAAUGCACUUUUAUGCACAUGCUAAAAUAGUAUGAGGAAAAACCUUGAGCAUUGCUUAAUUUUUUAAAAACAGUUGUCAGGAUUCUGCCACCCCCUCAGUGCCCUUUUGGAAAAGUUUAAAGAAACCAUUGGAUAAAAUUGGAAAUCUUAUAGCUGCUGGAAUUGGCAAAAGUCAAGUAUGUUAUUUACGCUUUCAUUGUUUCUUCUCUUGUGUAAAUAUCAGCGAAGACUUGAAUUAUGAAAACUCUACAAAGUGUGUGUGUGCUGUUUUCUGUCUUAAAAUUUGGGUACAGCUUUCUCAGAACGAGUCAUUGAUGUAUGCUGUGUGUUUUUUUGUUAGUGUUCUUUUUUUUUAAUUUUAAUGAGAUGUACUGAAUUCUUUCCCUGUGCUGAAGAUUAGGGCAUAAAUGCCAUGCUGUUCUUGUUUUUUAAGAUUAUUCCUUUUGCAAUGUUGAGGCCUUUUCAACAAAAUGGAAUUUGCCAUCAGUUUGGUACUACACAAUUUAUAAUUACUGUGUAAUUAUAAAACUGCAUUACAUAAAGCAUUGCUGUCUUAAGUAGCAGAGAAACUAAGGUUAUUUGUGUGGAAGCAUAUUUGAAUUUUAAGAAGUGGUUUAAAUCCAGAAGCAAAAAUUGGUAACCUGCUUUUCAGUGGGAUGUGUGCUGUCAAAGUGGUGCUAGGGUUCGACUGUGUUUAGUGGCAGAAGUAUUUGGCUUAAUGAUUUGUUUCUGAAUGUAAAUGCCUGGCUCUAGCAAAGACUAAAAAUGUUCAGACAUAUCCCCAUAUGUAUGUGUGCAUGAUUUUUUUAAAUUUUAAAAAUGUAAACUGAAUUUCUACUUGGGUUGGUUUUAUUAAUAAAAACAACCCAUACAUGGAUCUAGCAGUAACUUGACCCCUCAUAAAUCAUUUUCCUUUUGCCAAAUACUAGACGAGCAGUGAAUGCUUAACCUAACCUACUUUGGGGGUUUUAUUCCAGUAUGUAAGAUUAGAUCUUCUCAGCCAUACAGAUCACUUGGUAAUUUUAUUUCAGUCAUGUGAUCAACAUAUUUCUGUAAUUUGAAUUGUAACUACUUAGAAAAAUCCUUUCUGCAAUCCAAAGGCAAUAAAAUACUAGCCCAAUUGUCAUGGCAAAACCUUCUCAUGAAUUAUGCCACAGAAAAAGCAAAAAUUAUUUGUUUCUUAUUUUUAUUUUAAAAAAUCAUGGUGAGGAAAGGAAUAAGAGAAACAGCGUUGUGCUUGCCAUAUAGAUUAUGGUUGCACAAUGGAGGGUUUCUUUUUUCCAAACAUGGUUUGAAGUUUCUAAUUUGUGGGGUGAGAAAAAGGUGAUACCUUGAUGUUUUUAUUUGGUUGGUCCAAAGCUAUGAAUUGUGAACCUGCUAAAUAAAGUAACUUAUUUCUUCAAAAC